AUGACAACUAUCUAUGCGCUGAACCAACUUGAGCAAAGAAGGAAACUGUGGGAAGACUUGAAACAAAUUCAUGACAGCCAACAGGGCCGUUGGUUCCUUAUGGGCGAUUUCAACAAUGUAACUAAAUGUAUGGACAGAAUAGGUGGGAACCUGGUGACUGAAAGAGAGUUUGAAGAUCUCAGAAGCUUGAUGGAUCAUGCUGGCUUGUUUGAGAAGGAUACACAGGAGACUAUUUUACCUGGACAAAUAAACACUCUAUAG